UGAGGCGGCACAAUAUUCGUAUGCGCCGAAGCAUCCGUCAUGCCGUGGCGGUGGCGACGCUACUUCCGACCGCCACACAAGGAGUGUUCUUCUACGCCGACUUCAAUGAAACGCUGGGACUGACUUUGAAUGGUAACAGUGCGACGUCAAAUUGCAUCUUCAAGCCCAUGAAUGCAUACGGUGUCAACUACGCGGAUGGCGACGUGCUUGAAGCCCAGCUAGACGUGAUUCAGUCGCACUCGCUCGACCGAGUCACCCUCGACACGACAGAAACGUCCACACCAGCGUCUACAGGACGGAUCGCAUCCACUACUGCCAUGUUUGGCCAUCGCGACACAUACCAACCGUCGUCUCAGCGCGAAUGCCCUGUGCGUCUGCGGUUGACAGCAUCCCAGCCUCAUCAAGCGUCUUCCGUGUGGUAUAACGACCCACUGAAUGUCCUAGACGGCUUUGAAACGCGGUUCACUUUUCAAAUUUCCGACCACGCCAAGCGCUGCUACGACGUGAAAACACCCAAUUUCGGCCUCUCAGCAUACCAAUCGUGCGUCGUCCACGGCGGCGACGGCUUUGCGUUUGUCGUACAUGGCGACCCCAACGCGACGGUCGCCUUGGGGGGAUCCGGACAAGCGCUCGGUUGGUCCGACAUCGCUCCGGCCCUCGCUGUGGUGUUUCACACUCGGCCGAAUGGGGCGCUCCUGGUCGACCACGUCAGUCUUCACGUGUCCAGUUCCAUGCCGGGCAGCCCGCCACUCGUGCUGUCGGUGCCCACCCCCGUGGAUAUUGCCGACGGUGGCAUCCAUAUCGCCAAAGUGCGCUACUAUAACACGAUACCGCAGCAGUACUUUGCGGCCAUGUCUGCGACACCAGACGUGGUUCCGUUCUUAAAAGACAUGUCCGAGGAGCGACGAGUGGGCUGUGUUGUCGUGUUCAUGGACAACGGCAUAACUACAGACACACCACUGUUGGCAGUGCCGAUCAACUUGGCGGCGGCGUUGGCGUUGCCCAACGACCAAGCGUAUAUUGGGUUUACAGCCGCGACGGGGCAUGCGUGGGAGAAGCACGACCUGUUGUCGUGGUACUAUUGUGCUGCACCCCCCUGUUUGAAUGUACAUGGGGCGACCGUUGCACUGGAGUUCGACUACGAGACGCAAAGCAGGCUCAACACUGCCUCGUAUGGCACGGGGCUAUACCCAGAGCUCAUUUUCCCAGACACAGGCCCUUGGGGUAUUGACCAAACGUACUUUGCACCCGGUGUCCCUCGUGGAGUGUCGUAGUUACGGUAAUAAGUAGUGAUUGAAUGGAUGGUUCAAGCCAGUAUAUAUUUGC